UCUCUCUGUCUGAAGUCUUAACAGCAUCAGAGUGAAGCUGGCAGCCUCAGUUGCUCCUCAGCCCUCCUGCAGACUCUCACCAUGGAUGUCAGGCUGCUGGUGCUCCUGCUCCUGCUGGCCGCGGCCACAUAUGGACCCACCUGCUAUGCAAAGCCGAUCAGCCUGGUGGAGCGCUGCUGGUGUCGUUCCACCCUGAACACGGUUCCUCAGCGAUCCAUCAAAGAGCUCAAGUUCCUCCACACGCCCAACUGCCCCUUCCAAGUCAUUGCCAAGCUGAAGAACAACAGGGAGGUUUGCAUCAACCCAGAGACUAAAUGGCUGCAGCAGUACUUAAAGAAUGCCAUCAACAAGGUGAAGAAAUCCAGAAGACGCAAUAACAAGAAAAAUUAAUAGAGAAGGAUGUAUGUGAGCAGCCAUGGCACCCCCAGGAUGAACCUGUAUACCUCCCUUACACUGCUAUGGAUGUGUGCAGACACGCUUUCUGUCCACGUGAGUGGACCACUUGCAGAAACAGCACUUCACCGCCAUACUACGCCAUCCACAGGAUCAUCACUGGUCCUGCUGGAGAAUCCUUCACCGGCAUUUGCCCUCCACUUCUCCAAGUGCAAUUCUACCAAACAUUAAAAUGACGGGAUACCUGUGGACAACCACACACAGUAUGUGUGUGACAGUAAGCAUUUGAAUGUGCUAUCCAAGAACUAACUCAGAGUUUAUGUGUGUAUAUAGUAUUUUCUUUCAACACAAAGCUGCAAUAGAACAAUUUGAAUUCUUGAAAAUACAAGGCUUUGUGUGAAUGUAAUUCCACCUUCAUGUUGCAUCAAAUAAAUACAAUAGAUGCAAA